AUGAAUUCAUUUAUGAUAUCAUCUCUAAUGAAUUCACAGACAUCAUGUACUAACAGUACUUGUAAUACAAAUGUUUUAGUUAAUUUAAAUUCGACACAUUCAAUGUUCACUGAUCAACAGUACGACAGUAUUUCAAUGAAUCAUAAUCAUAGUAGUAAUUAUUAUAAUGAUACACCUGUUAGUAAUUUAUGUCAAAGUAUUAAUUCUUCAGAUUAUUUAAAACAAAUUGAAUGUAUUUCAUAUUAUAAAAGUUAUUUACAUUUAUUUUUAACAAAAUUGAAUCAGCAAUAUUCAAUGCCCAAUAGAUUGAUAAUUGAUCAUUUACCCUGCCACGUAAAUACGAAUUCACAAGAAUCGAAAAGUAUUCAUAUCAAUACAAGAGAAGAAUAUUUGAAUAAAA